AUGGAAAGACGAAAGAAAAGGAAAAAAAUUUCUCUCCUCAUUGAUGUAUUACUUUACUUUAUUUUGUUCUAUUCCAUGUUUCCUAUUGAAAAAAAAAAUGAAAGAAAACUUAGUGAAAAUUACAGUGAAGCAGGAAAAGCUUUUAAGAAUAUUCUCCCCUUUUAUUUGAAUACUCCUCAGUACUGUAAUCUAUUAUUUGACAUGAACGUAUCAGGUACUUAUUCAAUAAGGUGGGGUGUUAAUUAUAUAUACUUCGAACACUUGAAUGAUAGUUUUUUUGUAAAUUUUAACUUGUAUAGUAUAUAUGUAAAAGAGGUAGAAUUGUACGAGUACAGACAUAGGAGUUUUCUAUUAUUAAAGAAAGAAUCAGUAGAAAAUGAAAUAAAAUUUGUAACGUCCAUUGAGUAUGAUAAGAGUAUAGAUGCAAAGGAACAGAGGACUUUUUAUUUUACUGUGCAUUCAAAUUAUGUGCAGAGCUUUGACACGUACAUAAAUGUAACAAUUGAUGUAAACAUAGUUGGACAUGUUGGUAGGGGAGGAGAAAGAGGUAGUGGUCAGGUGCCAUCUGUUGAUGAAAAGAAAAAUGACGAUAUAACAAUGGUUGAUGAAUCAAAAAAUGGGAUAAAACAAAAUAGACUUCCUCUAAAUAACAAUAGUUACAUUAUAAUAAAGGAAAAUUAUUAUUACGCAUCUAAUGAAGACUAUAAGUUCAACGUAAGAGAAGCUGACAAUUUUUAUGUGGACUCGAAGGGGAACAAAAUAAUUGUAAUAUAUAGUGUUUUAUUUUUUGUCGAUUUUAACAAACAUUGUAAUAUAAGUUUCUUCUCUCUUCUAACACAAGGGAUAGAACAGGGAAAAAACUUUUCUAUGGACUUAAAAAAAAUAAAAUUAGGUAAAAAUUAUAUGCACAAUAUGACAACAGAGAGUAUAUUAAAAUAUUCAUUUUCCCAUAAAGAGUGCAAAGAAGGUUGCAUUAAGAGUAGCAAAACAAAAAAUGGCGUGUUUUUACACACAUUAAUGGAGAAUAAUAACAUAUAUAAGUUCGACAUCGUGUACACCAUAUACAGCAGUCACAGCACCUACGGCAAUGACAGCAUUUACGGAAGUUACAGCAAUUAUGACAUUUCGAAUUCUGAUCGAGGAAGUGGCCAUACGAGCACCUCUAGCGAUACGAUACGCCCUAACGAGGUUGUCCAUUUUAACCUUGAAUACUCUAUUGUGAACAACUCAAAAAAUUACACAAUUAAUGACUACAUGAAAGAACAAUUUUAUAAAGAAUGCGUUCAUAAUACUUUUUUCCCCCAUCAGAUUAUUCAAGUAGGGGAGAAUGACGAACAUUUUACCGGUUUAGUGGUUACUCCGUCGGGUAAAAAUAAGUGCUCACAGAAUGGCGGAAAGUGCAUCGACGAUGAUAAAAAGAAAGCAGAUAAUAGUAACCACGUAGCAGAGAAUGUUGAUUUCAUAAUUUACGGAAGAGUGAUAGAAAUAAACGAUACAUUCAUUUUAAAUUUUGAUCCAAUUAAUUUAUUCGAAGAAGAACAUAAGGUUGGUUUACAUGUGAGUGAGGAGUCUUUGUUUAAUUUCAGCCUUAUUUCUAAGUCGGAAAGUAUAUAUGUAAAUUUGCUAAAAAAAGGGUCAUCUCAAACUGUUUGUAAUACUUAUUAUUUGAACAAUAUAAAUGAUUACAGUCUGUUUAGUUAUAUAACAAGAGACAGUGCUACUUUUUUACAUAAACAUUUCAAUGAUACAUUUGAGGUGAACAAGAAGGAUGCGAAUCAUAAGUUUAAAAAUUUUUCUUUACAAAAUAUUUUAUACAUCAACUGUGUCGUACCAAAAGGGGAAUACGAAUUGAAGAUUAUUGUUAAUGGUUAUAAUGUAAUUUGUGAUCCAAACGAAAUUAAUUUAGUCCUUUAUCCCUUGCUCAUGUAUGAGGAAAAACAUACGUGUGACAGUAGCAUGAAUGCACUUACCGAUUUGUUUUACUACCACUUGAGAGCGGAAAAUAGGAGCCAAAGUGGAAGAGGAAGCGUAGUUGGCGGUUUAGGAGGCACUACUGCAUCGAGAGUCGACGUGUCUGGUGAAGCCACCCCCGAGAGAACCUCAAACAGUGCAUCCAGCUACGCAAGGCAGAAUGACGAUCUGACGUCAGAAGUGCAAAAAACGUAUAGUAAUAUUUACGAGAAAAAGUGGAUGAUGAACAAUCCCCUCUUUGAGCAAGACGAUUUUGUAAUAUUAUACGAAAAGAGCAUUGAAGAACAAGUAGACGAGUUGGUUGUUAUUGUAAACAACUCAUUGUUUGUUGAUAUUUUUUUAGUAAUAGUAGAAUUUAUAGGGGAGGACAGUUAUUAUUAUAUAUAUCGAAACUCAAGAAGCAUAGUGAAAUAUAUGCUUAAGUAUAAAAACCCUUUUACUAUAUAUUUGUUGGCAUCAAAUUUACAUUACGAGAAUAGAAAAUUAUGUGGUUAUUUUUUUGUAGAUAUUGAUUUUUUAAAAGGGUCUAUAACAGUAUCAUUGGAUGGUACAGAGGAUUAUAAAAAGAUGAUUCAAAAAAUUAAUUAUAUACCAAGUCUUAUAAUAGGAUAUGACUCCUACGCCUUUAGUAACUUUUGCUACGUUCCAGAUUACAAAAAACAUAUUCUUACGAUAUGUGUUCAAGAAAAUUCAAUCAUAAAAAUAAAUUGCUUUACACAAAAUUAUAUUUAUAUUUAUUUAUUAGAUCAAAAUAAAAAUAAAAUAUAUGAAGGGUAUAACCAUUUAUAUAUUGAAUCAUUUACUAGGGGAGAAUAUGAAAUCAUUUUCGAGUUUAACGUGCCAAAUGAUAAAGAAACAGAUGCUUCUUUUUUUUAUUUACAAAUAUAUAUCUACCAACUGAGUGCUUUAGAAAAAUGUGUAUUUGAUGGCCAAACUGAUAGUAGUAGUGGCAGCAGUAGCGAUGGAAAUGGUAAAGAUGCCCAAUUCAAGAACUACUUAUCAUCGAACGAAAAUGGAGACAAUUCUGAAUAUGACCUUAGCUCCUUUAGUGCAACUAAUAACAGCAAAAUAGAAUUAAAGCAAAAGGGGAAAAACUUUUUUUUUUUUCAAAAUGAAUACGCAUAUCAUCUUUUUAAAAGAAAUUUUCUUUUUCUUUUUCCAAGUAAAAGAACGACAAAAAAUUUAAUUUUACCUCAAGUGUCACAUUUAAAUAAUAUUGCUUUUUUGCUAAAACUGGAACUUGUUUUUCAUAAAAAUUUCUUACCUUAUAAAAUGACCAUUCAAGAAGGCACAGAUGAUUUGUUAAUGCAUCAUAGUUAUACGUAUAAAAAUAAAAUUUUGCUAACUAUGACAAUUUUGAAUAAUAGUGUAAAAGUUUUUAAGUUGUAUAUAGACCUAUAUGAAGAUAUAAAUGAAAAAUUAAAAAAUGAUUAUUGCCCCUAUGCCUAUUUGAAUAUUAUCUAUACCAAUGAGGGAGGAACAUACAAGCAAGCUGCUUUUUCAGGUUUAAACUUUGGUGAAAUCAGUAUGCCCUUACUUCUAAAUAGCAUAUUGCUAAAAAGCUUCGCGUAUGCUAGGGGCAUGGGCAAUAGCGAACGUAACAAAGACGAAGAUAUGGGGGUGGUCAGACGCAACGAUAGCGGUGUCAGAAAUGAUGACUGGAGCAACAAACACACUUCGACAAUAUCAUUUAGAAACUCAAACACAGUUACUAUUGGUAGCCAAAGCGUGGAUUAUAAUCUAAAAAUUAUUAAUAAUAGUACAACGCUUUUCUUGGCUGAACAUAGUGUUUUUUUUAAUAUGUACAUGUACAGGGAAAAUAACGAUAUAUCAUUGAAAAUUUAUAAAUAUUUAAAUAGUGAUAACAAAUUAGAGGAAGGAUACGGAGUAACAUUUGAUGAAAUGAAUAAGGAGCAUGUUUUAUCCCAUUCGGAGGAAAUUAUGUCUUUCUCAAAUAAACACAUAUAUAUAUCAACCUGGUUAAAAAAAGGCUUGUAUAUAUUUAAAUAUGAACAAAGUACAUCUCCCUUUUUCAUUAAUUUGAGUGUAAUAUGGAAUUAUCAAGAUGAUGAUAAAAACAUGGGGAAGAAUUAUCUUAAAAGAUAUAAAUAUGGAGGACAGUCAUUAACACAUUAUAAUAAUGGGAAGACUGAAGAACCCCCUGCCGAUGAUGCUAUUAGUGAUACUAUUUUGAAAAAUGAAAUUUAUUUUUAUUUUGAUAAAGAACUAAAAUGUGAUGGAAGAAAAGAUAUAUUUUAUGAAAGCAAAAAAAAACUACAUCGGUUAACUUUUUUUUUAAAAGAGGUCAUAAAUAACAAUAUUUUUGAAACUCAUUCUGAUGAUAGUAUGCAGAUAACUGUAAAGAGGGACUCAAGGAAUACGUUAAUUUAUGAGAGAUAUUGUAUAUGCAUAGGGGGUGGUCCGAAAGUGAAUGACAUGCAUUCCGAUGGUUCAACCAGUGCGGUAAGUGCUAAUGAAGUCGCCCAGGGUGUAGUAACGCAACCGUGGACCGGUAGUGGUAGUAGAAGCAGCAGUAGUAGCAGUAGCAGUAACGGCAGCAGUAGUAGCAGUAGCAGUAACGGCAGCAGUAGCAGCAGCAGUAAUAGGUACAAAAUUUAUCACAUUAGUGUAGAGGAGAGUACCAAGGUGUACAUCGAAAUAAAGCCGCAUUUUCAUUUUUUUAUUUAUCCAUUCCGCGUAAGUGUAACAUCAGAGGAUUUUUAUUUUAACAUUUUUAGUGAAAAUAGGAAUGUUAUUAAUACCAAUUUGGGAAAAGGAGAGUACGAAGUAAUUCUGUCUUUUCCACAAUUAAAAGAAAAUAAAAAUACAUUACAAAAUGCUAUAUUUGAUCUUAUUAUAUUAGUAAUUUUGCCUGAAAAGGGUGCAAUAAUAGGGGAUAAAAUUUUAGCUAGUUCAUAUAUGAGUAAUAGGUUAAGUGGGAAAUUGUUAGAAAAGGAGUUGUGUAAUAUAAGCACAUAUAAAACUUUAUUUAAUAAAGUAGAUUUAGUAAAUAUAAAUGAAAAUGAUUCAUAUGUAAGUAAAUAUAUUAUUUCAUCAAAAUUUAAAAAUAACUAUUUCCAAAUUUUUGACAAGUAUUAUGUUAAUAAUUUUCAACAAGAAAUAUUUUUUACAAUUCCAGGUGAGAGUUACAUUUUGAAAAUUUUCUGCAUGCCUAUAGAUGAGCUGGGAGGUGAAAAUAUGUACAAAGAGGGUACUUACAAUAAUACAUAUAAUGGUAAUAGUAAUAGUACGUAUAACAAUAAUGCAUAUAAUAAUAACAUAACUUACGAUAGUAGUGUCCACAAUAAUAGCAGUAGUGAAACGAUGAGCAACAUUUACAAUGUGGCUUCUAACUACGUAAAUGCUAUUUUGAAUGUACGUAACAAUUUUAGCGUUCAAGUUGUACUGGCUGAUAUGGAUAAUAAGUCUAAUGUUAAGAAUAACACCUCGAAUGAUAAUGAGAAGGAUAAAUAUGAUGAUAAUAACAGUAGUAAUCGUAAUAACAGUAGUAAUAGUAAUGCCUUCGUUUCACCGCUACAUUCAAAUGAGAAUGAAGAGUAUAUGCUAAUUUUAUACAAAGUGGACAACAAUUUUAAACUGGUAAUAAAAACAAAUAAUCAUGAAUGUAAUUACUUCAAGAUAAUUUUAAGUCUUCAUCCCCUCAGUUUUUAUAACAGUGAACAUUAUUUCUCAUAUGCUAAUUACCUAGAUAAAUAUUUGAAAAAUUUAUUCAAUACCUUGUCUGUUAAGACCAAGUUGUAUGAAGGUAUAAACUAUACACAUGAAAAGUCGUCCAUGUACAGCCUCACACGUUUAACUUCACCUAUUGUUAAUUUGAAAAGUGUCAAUAUGAAGGACCUUUUUUCCUUUCCCUUGUCCAUUAAUAAGGCUAGCUAUUUCAAGAUAAAUAUUGGCUACAACUUUUCGCUAGUCAGUUUUGAAAUAAAGUUAAUGAAGAACAGUACGACUAUUUCAUGUAGUAAUAAGGUGGAAGUAAACUUACAAGAUGACACUGUGAACAUAUUUGAAAAUAUUAGUGUAUAUUUAGAAAAAGGAGAUUAUAUAUUACAGAUCUUUUCCUUUGAUUAUAUGGGAAAUUCUGUUAAUAUAAAUAAAAAUUUUAGUUUCCCUUUUUAUUUUGAGCUUGAAAUUUUUGAGUUUUUUCAAGAAACUAAGAAGAGCGGCCCUAUCCUCUUGGAUAUUUUCCCGCACAAUUCAGUCCCUGUUGACGCAGUUUUUUGGGGAGAAGUAAAAGGAAAAGAAAUGUUCUUGGAGGUGCAUAACAAGAAAUAUGCAGAUUUAAGAAAUAGGAAAAUAAUUAAAUAUGGAAAUAUUGAAAUACAUAAAUCUUUUUUAUUACCUGAAGAUAUGAUGAACAUGGAGGAAAGUUUUAUUUUAAAAUUUACCCCAAGUGCGAAUAUAUAUGUGAGUGAACAAAAUGAAAAAAAAUUAAACUUUAUCUUUUCAACUUAUAGUACAAAUAUUGAACAGAACAACAACAGUUACAAAGUGGUGCAAGGGGAAGACAAGAUUGUGAUGAUAGGAUCAGGGCAAAGAAAUGGACAAGUACAUGAAGAAAAUGUGAACAAGUCUUUCUUGUUUGAAUAUGAUCAAAGGGACAUUACUGAAGCAGGAGAAAGUGUUAAUGAUUCUCAGACGAAUAUUCACGUAGAUAAAUUUUUUGACCUUGACAAUGUUAUUAAAAAUUACCGACUUAACGAAAAAAAAAAAAAAAGAGAAGUAUCUUACACGUCGCUCGAGAAUAGUAAUAAGCAGAAUGACUCGUGUAUCCCUCUAUACUUAUUUACAUAUAAAAUUUACUGUUUCGAAAGGAGUAAUUAUCUUAUUUUCAUUUUUUCUUUUUUCCUUUUUUCCGUGUCUUGUGCUUUUAUAUGUUUACUAAUAAAAUUGUACAAUAAUUGGAAGUAUUACAACAAUUAUGAUAUUGUUGUUGAAAGUGAAGAAGUAAUAAAUCUUUUUGAUGACGAUGACAUAUAA